AUGAAGGGGUCUUGGAGCAGGAACGUGUUCCCCCCAUUGACGCUCUCGCCCCAGCAGCAGUCGCAGUUCCGCCGCUUGGCGCGCGGACUCGUGCGCGAGACGCUGUCACACUUCGACGCGUUCGACAAGCUGCCGGGCGCCAAGCGGGACUUGGCCAAGCAGAAGCGCUGGAAGGCCGUCAAGACCCGCGACAACCUCACGGUCUUCAAGGAGCGAGACCCACCCAAGAUCACAGGCACGAGCUUCGACCUGCCCGAGCAUCAGCGGCUCACGGACGACGAGUGGCAGAUGCCCAGGCUGCUGGUCGGCGUCGGCUCUAUAGUCGGCUCGCUCGACGACGUCAUGUACGGCGUUGUCACGCCCGACGCCGAGGCCAUGCUGCUCAAGGCGGCCAUCGUACGCAGCUCGCUAGUUGACGGCGCGGUGCUGGCUAGCAUCGAUGGACCGACACCUGAGGAGCCCUACCGGUUCUUGGGGGUCAAGUGGUUCGUUAAGGGACCCCCCUCCACUCUACGAAGCCUCGUGCAGCCUCGGGACAUGGUGUUCGUAGAGUCAACGGGCGUUAUCAUGCGGUCGAACGGCGUGCGGAUGGGGUACCAGUUGCUGCACUCCGUUGACUUGGACGGGUAUGGACCGCUGCCUGAGCGCUCGUUGACUCGCGGCAGAAUCUCCAGCUGCACGAUUUUCAAGGAGAGCCAAGACGGACGACGCGUGGACGUGUACGUCCGCGGCUACGUGGAGCAGCACGCCAAGUUGCUGGACUCGGUGGCGCUCAAGGCGGCGUCGACUGGGUUCCUGAGCUCGUGGAACUCCGUCGAGUGCGGUCACGUCAAGAAGCUCAUGUGGUUCUUCGAGAACCCACACCUUGUGGGCUGGAAGGACGCAGCCGCUGCUCGUGCUCGAGGCCCUGACCCGCGCACUCCAGUGCGCUCACACGCCAGCAGCUUCGACGGCCCGAGUGGGUUGCACUUGCGCAACCUCAGCAUCGCUGGCCCCAACGACCUGUGCGGCGGAACCUGCGGCCGCAAGUUCAAGAAAAUGAGCAGCGUCGGCCUUUGCUCGCUGUGCCAAGUGCCCAUGUGCUCCAAGUGCCGGGUGACCAAGAAAUUGGCCUAUGUGACCUGCGAGCUCAAACUGGAGCGCCGAGAGAGCGUCAUCUGCCGCUUGUGUGAGGCCAAAGUGCGUCUUGAGCCUGUCCGCCGCAUCGCCCAGCAGGAGAUUCGCAACGGGCGCUAUCGCCGAGGAUCCAACGACAAUCAAAAGCAGGCUGAUGACCAAAGCGCAGACACUCGCCUCGCACUACCGACCAAGCCUCGCUGGUUCCGACGCCGCAAAAAGAGCGAACCGCACAGCGCCGAGUCGAGACCCGUGCUGUUUGGCGAGCCCACGACACUCAGCGACUGUCAGAUGGGCGCGCUCUCGCAGUGCUCGACGGCGGUGGACUCGCUGAGCAUGGCCUCGCCCAUUCACCCACUGGCUUACAGCUGGAGCUCGUCGGGCCAGGAAAGUGACGGCCGCGCUCGCGUGGAGGAAGACGACGAAGACGACUGGGCGGACACACCCGAGUUCACGAAGAGUCAGCAACACCGCCAACACCUUUGGCACCAGAUGACGGAGCUGCGACUCGCAGUGGAGAACACGUACCAAAUCGCCAAGCAUACGACGGAUUCGUGCUGCGGCCCGAGCUUCAGUCCGCUGGGAAGCACGAGUUCGCAGUACACCUACUAUCACUGA